UUGUGCCCACGCUUCAUAUUUGAUACAUUUUUAAUUUAUUUGACUUUAUACUGAAAUAUAACUUACAUGUUCUGAAGUUACAUUAUCAAUUUAUAUUCAUGAAGAGUAGAGUUUACUCAAGAGUAGAAUUUAUAUGUUUUUGUAAUUAUAUACAUGCCAUUUUAAAAUGAAUUUUCUAGGAUUAAAGAACGGGCGACGAUCGAGUUGCAAUACAGUAAUGAGUGGCUUUCGAUAUUUACUUAUCGCGAUAUUCUUAACGAUAAUCGUUCAGCAAGGUUUCAAUUGGUCGAUAUCACAUAGAACAUUAAAUAGAAUUUCGAAAAAUGCACAGGAAAAUGAAGUUGGGCAAAACUACCGUGACAAACGCCAUAGACGCUCACACUUUGGGCAUAAUUUCACAUUCACCACCAACGUUAAGAAACAAAUGUGCAGCGACAAGGUAAAAUGGAAAACUAAAGGAAUUUUAGCGGAAGUGACGUCAGAUAUGGAAUACUGGACUUUCGACAAAAGACGGACUUGUAAAGAAAUAAAUAUUGAUAAAGUUGGAACUCGUCCAAAGCGUCUGAAAAUGGAAUUUAUAUGUAAAAACAAUAAAAUAUCUUUUAAAUGGACAAAUGACACAAAUAACAUUUAUACCGCUCCAUUUGGGGAUAAUUGCAUCGAAAGAUAUAUCUCCAGCUGUUGCUAUGGCGAUAAGCUCGUGCCGAAUGUAGUCCAUUAUGUUUGGUACUCGAGAGGCGAGCUGAGUUUCGUUGGAUUCAUGAGCCUGCUAAGUGUGAUUCGGUUUGUGAACCCUUGUCUAAUUAUAUUUCAUGGUGACACCUUACCAAAUGGGAGGUACUGGGAUUUUAUUGUAAAUAUUUCGCCUAACUUGAUUCACUUGCAACGGGAACGGCCAGAAUUCGUUUUCGGACAACGUUUUGGUCAUAAUGAGCACUCGGGCGACAUAAUGCGAAUUGAAGCUCUUCUUCAAUAUGGUGGUAUUUACAUGGAUACCGAUACCGUCCUUGUACGGCCGAUAGACGAGCUACGGCAGUACGCAUGCGUGAUGUCAACACAACUGCGUAGACUGGGUUCAGCAUUUAUCCUUGCAGAGAAGAACGCGACAUUUUUACAGAAAUGGAUGGACGGGUAUCGCUAUAAAUAUAAUAGGCUUGAUUACACAUAUAAUGCUAUGACGUACCCACAGAUCCUCGCCCUAAAAUAUAGCAACUUGAUUCAUGUAGAGAUUGGAACUGCUUCAAGACCAAAGGAUCUGUUUGGUUUUAAGUUUUAUAGCAGACGAUACGAGAUGUAUAAUUGGUCCAAGGUUUACGGAGUGCAUUUAUUUACCAGAGGUUACGGCGGACCUUUAAAUGAAACGACUAUUAGAGACAUGCAUUCACCAUGUGGUUCAGUUAUGAGACACAUAUUUUAUGGGAAUAAGGAUUUAUGUUUUUAGUCAACAAUUACAGCUUCUUUAACAUCGAGCUCUACAACACAGGGAAUAUACAUGUACUUAAUAAUUAACGCCUGGAGGAUAAACCGUAAUGUGCAGAACAGAGUUAAUACAACUUUAAUACAUUGUAGUCUAUUUAUUCUACCCGUGGAACCGAAUAAUAUUUUAAUAGCCACUAGCUAUCUUUGGGUUCGAAUUGCGCAAGAAAG